AUGGUCAUGGCGGAGGGGACGGCAGUGCUGAGGCGGAACAGGCCGGGCACCAAGGCCCAGGAUUUCUACAAUUGGCCUGAUGAAUCCUUUGAAGAAAUGGAUAGUACAUUAGCUGUUCAGCAGUAUAUUCAGCAAAACAUAAGGGCAGACUGUUCCAACAUUGAUAAGAUCCUUGAACCUCCUGAAGGCCAGGAUGAAGGUGUAUGGAAGUAUGAACAUUUAAGACAAUUCUGCCUUGAACUCAAUGGACUAGCUGUCAAGCUUCAGAGUGAAUGUCACCCAGACACAUGUACUCAGAUGACAGCAACUGAACAAUGGAUUUUUCUUUGUGCAGCUCAUAAAACUCCCAAAGAGUGUCCUGCUAUAGACUACACCAGACACACACUUGACGGAGCUGCGUGUCUUCUGAAUAGCAAUAAAUAUUUCCCCAGCAGGGUUAGCAUAAAGGAAUCCUCUGUAGCCAAAUUAGGAUCAGUGUGCCGAAGGAUUUACAGAAUAUUUUCACAUGCUUAUUUUCAUCACCGGCAGAUAUUUGAUGAAUAUGAAAAUGAAACUUUCUUGUGUCACCGGUUCACUAAGUUUGUGAUGAAGUAUAAUCUGAUGUCCAAGGAUAACCUGAUUGUACCAAUUUUGGAAGAAGAAGUGCAAAAUUCAGUGUCAGGGGAGAGUGAGGCAUGAUGGGAAUGGCAGUACAGAAGCCUGUACUGAAUAUAAACAAAACAUUAAUUAUGUACUGUAUAUAUCAUUUUAGACCCUUCAAUCACGUAUCCUCAUAGCUUUGUUUAGUAUACUUUUUGUAUGCUGUGUGCAUUGCCUUUUAAUAUGGGAAAUAUUAAGUUAUUCAUGAGCUGUAUAUUCAUCAAUGUGGCACUCAUGGUUUUUAAAUAAAAGUAGUAGUAUCUGUUUAUAAUGCCUGUUAAUAAAAGAAUUUACAGUUCUCUAAAAUUGCUGCUAAACAAUCAUUGAAUCACAAUCCUGAAGAUGUGUCUGAUUGGGUGGGAAAAAAGUGAGAUUUAAGAUUUCACAGCAAGCCCUUUUUUAAUGCAGUAGCUAUAUUAAGUCUUAGCUCAAAGAUUAUCACCUUAAAUACAUAAUUCUGCAGGAAGCUUCUUGCAAUGUAGCUUAUUCCUAAUUUAGCUUUUAUUUUUUUAAGAUGGCUUUGAAGAUUUACUUUUGGAUGUGCAUAUUCCUGUAUGUGUACAUCCAAAUACUAAUAGGAUUUAUAGUAUUAGUAAUACCAAAAGGACAAUUUCACUAUGCUAUUGAACAUAUAUAUUCUUGAUAUACAUCUAACAUACUUUCUGGACUUGUUUUUUUGUUAACAGCGGAGGUUUGUGUGCAGCAGGGGACAGGUUCUGUCCUGUUAAGGCAGACUUCUGCUGUUCUCCAGCCCACAACUUCUCUAAAUAACAACUGUGGCAGAAAAGUCGAUGGCUUAUACCUGUCCAUAUUUAUGGCAACUGCUUACAGAUUAUACCUCAUAAAUACUCAUGUUACACUACAUAACACAUUAGCACAGUCUUUGCUUGUAUUCCUAGUAAAAACAUUCUAAGUACCUGAAAUAUUGAACCUGAUUCUUUGCAAGAGUUUAUCACGUUUUCAACAUAUAUUAGUUUUUUCUUCAUUCACCUGAAUUAUAUUCUUUGACAGAAAGAUUUGGAUUCAUGCUUCUGUUCCCCAUCAGAUGUUCAUUUCAAGUUGUGUUUGCAGAUUUGCAAUAACUGACAAUUUCCAUGAGUGCUGCUUAAUUGUGUUAUGUCUAGAAUGAUAGAAUUAACUGUUUUAGAGAUGAAUAUAGCAGACGUACUGCUAAGCGUACAUGAAUGCAGGGUCUAAAAGCACUAGCAGUGUUCUCAUGUUAAAUGAAUUUUGCUUAGCUGUUUAAGAAGUUAGCUGGUUGUUUCUCUCCGAGGUUGCCAGGCGCCCUCUUUAUUUCUUCAAGCAGGUCAGAAUGGGCUAACUCAGCUAGUUUCUGUAAUCUACACUUUGUUUUCUACGUUAUACUUACUUGGAAAGAAGGGAGUCCACCUAUUUUUAGUAAGUCUUUUUUCAUAAUAUACUAAACAUGCCUUAAAUUCUAUUUUUCUUUAUAUGAAUCAAGCACACCUCAAGCAACUGUACCACCUGGAUGUAAAGGGAAUUUAAACUGAGAAAAUAGAGAGAUUAAGCUUAAGUACUUCAACAGCUGUAUUCUUCAGCAGCUCUUUUUGUCUCAUGUUUAUCAUUGCAUUUAAUUGUCAGCAGGGUAAUUGCAUGAGAUGUUGUCCGAGUGAAAGUAGCUUUAGUUACUGUCUAUACACUUAGCUAUAACUUGCCUUGUAUAGACGAGGUUACUUGAUUUUGAUAGGUAUCUUGAAAUUUGUAAUGCAGGUAGGAGGACUGUAUUCUGGAGGUAGUAAAAUGCAUUUAGUUUUGUUACAGUCUGCUGUAGGACCAUCCACGGUGUGGUUCUUUUGUGCAGUCACUGUGCAUGCUUAUGUUGGCUGUGGUGACUGAGACAGGCAAAACAUGUAACUGGUGUUGCUAAUUACAUUUCCUCUACAAAAUUGAAGAAAAUUAUGUGGUGCUCAGGACUGCAUUAAAAUUUUAAACCUCUUUUCUUCCUCUUAUGCUUUAAGAGUUUCACUUCAAAACUCGGGAAGUUUUAAUCCUGUUUAUUCUCAUUCAGGUUUGCACUGUAAAGUUGACUUGCUAUACUAAGCUGAUUUUAUAUAAGGCCUAAGUGAAACACUGCUUGUAUUCUCCCUUGCUAUUGUUUACAUGAGUACUGUGUACACACAUGUGCCUGAAUGGUACCAUAAAACUUCAGUUAGCCUAAGCAAACCAUUGAUUUGUCUAAUAAAUAUUAACAGGUUUAAUUUAGACUCUACAUAAUAGGGAAACUGAGACUGUCUUUGAAUUAUAUUGUAAAAAAAAAAAAAGGAUAAAAUUAAACUGUUUCUUUAUCCGUACCGCUAUAUUUUGGCAAGUUAUUCUCAUUUUUCAUGUCGUCCAAGAAUGCAGGCAACUGAGUGCUUCCAAGAGAAAAUUCAGUGCUCUCCCAUCUCUGCUACAAGGUAUGC